CAAGUAGAAAGGAGAAAACAAUAGUGACUCAGUGAGAAGGAUUUCACCUCACACAUGGAUUCAGUUUUCAAAAUGAAAAAUCAAAGCCACUUGUAUGCAUGGAGCAAUUCCCCCUGCAACACCGAUGGCUUUCCCUCCAUCUGUGUGAAGAACUCCAAAGUCCCACAGAGGAUGCUGUGUCCUCAAGGCUGGACGGGGUUCGAGGGCCGCUGUUAUUACCACAACUAUGAAUCUCUGACCUGGUCUGGAGCUGAUAAUUACUGUGCAGGUCUCGAGGCCAGCCUGGUCUCCGUCCACAGCCCCCGGGAGUAUUACUUCCUCUAUCAGCGAAGCACCGUUAAUGGAUUUUCUCCCACCUGGCUGGGUGGAUUCUACCUUGAGGGUCAGUGGAUGUGGCUCGAUGGUUCCUGGUUUUACGAGGGAUUUUUUACUCAGAUGUCUCCAAACAGCACCAACCCAUGUCUUACAAUAUACAGCUCAGAGGGUUGGAGCAAUUACGACUGUAACCAGCAGUUCCCUUCGUUUUGUGUGAAGAAUGAGAUUGCGUGAUCCACUGAGCUGUGUGAAGGAUGCACUUUCUUUAAAAAUCUGCAACCCACCCAGGACAGACACAGUAAUGGAAUAUUUCUGUCAAGUACAAAUUAAACCUAAAUGUAUUCCUUUUAAAGU